AUGAGGAGACGCCGGCCUCACACUCAAAUAGCGUGGGCAAAGAUACAACCGAGCCUCAAGUAUUACUACAUCGACUUGGACAUGACUCUUCAAGACGCCAUGCAAAAGAUAGACAAAGAGCAUAACUUUUGUGCCACUGAGCAGAUGUACAAGAAGCGACUUAAAGCUUGGGGGCUUUCGAAACAGGUCAAAGCCGACGAGAAGGAGAAAGCCCUGGCAAAGAUUCUCCACAAUGAACCACUCAUAAAUGAAUCUAACCCGAUUCGUCAUGACAAGCUCGUUCGAUACGCAAAGUCUCGCGUUAAAUCUGGGGCAUUGGAUAGCCAUCACCUAAGCAGGAUGAUGAAGCGAGAUGGACGUGAUCAUUACGAGCGGCAAACAUUGCAACCUGGUGCUAUCAGGCACCCUAUUGUAACUGGUUUCUUCCACGCGGCAACCGAAGCUUCAUCCGUACCACGCUCUCCAGCACUUCCAGACCGAUUUGCCGAAUUGGACGUGUUCCUUCGGGCGAUGCAAGCAUUGAUAGGGAGGGAGCGAGAGGAGUGGCUAACAGGGCGGCAAAUUUCUCCAGAUGCGAUAUUUAGUGCACUAAUAAAGGGCAUGGCGUACUGGCGCAAGAACGCGUUUGCAGCAGCUCGGUGGUCAUUCGGCCAGGCAGCUAAGAAGAUGACGGAAGACCUCCACGGUACCGUUGUUUCGGUAUCACGGAUAACGUACUGUAUCAGCUCCAUUCUAUGGGGUUCUGAACGCGAGCUGGUACUUCAAAAAUUUGCAGAGUUUAUGGCCAAUGCCGCCCUCGAAGUCCUGGGGCAAAGAUGUCCGUUGACAAUAGUAUUACAACAACUGCAGCGAGAGCAAAGCAUUGAUACGCAGUUGACGAUAUGGUCGUGCGCCCUAGAUGAUUAUCAGAUCUCAGAGCAAAACGUAGACCAUUGGUGGAAUAUGGCGCAGCGUCGCUGGCGGUGGUGUCGGCGCAGUGGAAAGAUGGAUCUCGCAGCACGUUACUGCGGUGACGCUAUGAGUGAAGCGCGUCGGAUCAAUAAACUGACGAGUAAGAUGGAGUUGGAAGCACAAGACGACCUUGAAUCAAUUUUGCUAGAAGCAAACAUAUAG